UAAUCCCAAGCCCAAGAUAGAGCCCAAACAGUGAAAACAAAAUCCAGCCCUAGUCGUCUAAGCAAAUCGUCGUCUCCGGCUCCGUUCCCUCACUGCAGCGCCAUUUCUACUUCUUCUUCAUCCAGCUUCGUCUCCUACUGCAGCAGGCUGAAGAAAAAGGAAGCCAAUGAUGGCGGCAUCGAGAGUCCCUGCUUCUCGUCUCAGGCAGCUCCUCUUCAUCUGUCCUAGGUCUCGCUCGCAUCAUCCUACAGCUCCAUAUAACGACAUUCUGCAGAGAACCUUCAGUUCUGAGGCUGAAAAGGAUUAUUCAUUUAGCUCCCGAGUUGUCGAAGGGAAGCCCGGAGUUAUGUCAGUAAACUCGAAACGGACUGGCGCCAUAGCCGUUAAAUGUGGAAUGACUGCAUCAUGGGAUAAGUGGGGCGCCAGAAUUCCCUUUACUAUCCUUUGGUUGGAUGAUAACAUCGUUUCCCAAGUCAAAACCCCUGAGAAAGAAGGUUUUUGUGCGCUUCAGGUUGGGUGUGGACAGAAGAAGGAGAAACAUUUGAGAAAACCUGAAGUAGGGCAUUUUCGGGCUCAAGGAGUAUCCAUGAAAAGAAAACUAAAAGAGUUUCCUGUGACCGAAGAUGCUUUACUUCCAGUUGGAACUUCUAUCAAUGUACGCCACUUUGUUCCAGGGCAGUAUGUAGAUGUCACUGGCAUUACUAAAGGGAAGGGGUUUCAGGGUGGGAUGAAAAGGUGGGGCUUCAAAGGUAUGCCUGCAUCUCAUGGUGCAUCAUUGUCACAUAGAAGUAUUGGUUCUACUGGUCAAAGGGAUGCUCCUGGAAAGGUUUUUAAAGGGAAGAAGAUGCCGGGACACAUGGGUGUUGAGCAAAGAACUGUAAAAAAUGUUUGGGUCUACAAAGUUGACCCCGCAAGGAACUUGCUGUGGGUGAAAGGCCAAGUUCCUGGUGCAACGGGGAAUUUUGUUUUUAUAAAGGAUGCUGUGUACAAGAAACCGGAAGUUUCUUUACUUCCUUUUCCGACUUAUUUUGCAGAAGAAGAUGAGAACCUGGAAGAACUGGAACCUUUGGUAGCUGACAUGGGCGAUAUCGAUCCAUUUAUGGCCGCGGAUUGACGGUAAGUUAGCCUAUUAUUUUGCUUCCUUUGUGUUCUAACGAGGACGUGAAUUUUUUAUGAUGCAAAUCAUUUCAACAAUCCUUGAUGAUGGUCCAUUUUUUCGAUUAGUUCUGAGUUUAAUUUACUGUGUUUGAAGAUAAGGCUGAUAGAUAUGUCUUUCCUUUUAUUUUCAUAUAUAGUAUGGAGAAAAUCGGACCUGUUAUAAAUUUGCUUUAAUAAUAUGGGGAUUUGGAUUUUGGAUUGAGA